AGAGCUUCAGGCCAUGUAGAUAGAUUUGCCGAUUUGAUGGUCAAAGAUGUUAAAACAGGAGAGUGUUUUCGUCUAGACCAUUUAAUUAAAGCUGCACUUGAAAAGGUUGCCGAAGACAAGAAGACAACCGAAAAUUUGAAAAAUGAGAUCUCUGACAUCCUUAUAAAGUUGGAUGGAAUGACCAAAGAUGAAAUGAAUGAUAUCCUGAAGAGGUUUAACAUUCUCUCGCCUCUAACAAACAACGAGUUGACAGAGCCGAUUGAGUUUAAUCUGAUGUUCCAAACACAAAUUGGCCCUUCAGGACUCAUUAAAGGGUACUUGAGGCCUGAGACUGCUCAAGGUAUCUUUGUAAACUUCAAGAGGCUUUUGGAAUUCAACCAAGGCCGUCUCCCGUUUUCCGCAGCUCAGAUCGGAAACGCAUUCCGUAACGAGAUCUCACCCAGGUCCGGGCUGAUUCGGGUCAGGGAGUUCACGAUGGCAGAGAUAGAGCACUUUUGCGACCCCAGAGACAAGUCCCACCCCAAGUUCGCAAGUGUCAGAGACACGGUGAUGAAGCUGUAUUCUGCCUGUAACCAGAUGGACGGCAAGUCAGCCGAGUCCAUGACCAUUGGAGAAGCUUUAAAAUAUGGGCUGGUGGCCAAUGAGACCCUAGGAUACUUCAUGGCCAGGAUCCACCAGUUCAUGGUGCAGGUGGGAGUAGACGAGGCUAGACUCAGGUUCAGACAACACAUGGGCAAUGAGAUGGCUCACUACGCUUGCGACUGCUGGGACGCAGAGUGCUUCACGUCUUACGGGUGGAUAGAGUGUGUGGGUUGUGCAGACAGGUCUGCCUACGAUCUGAGCCAGCACCACAAGGCUACAGGCACCAAACUGGUGGCCGAGAAGAAGCUCUCAGAACCCAGGAAAGUCAACUUCACAGAGGCUGUUACAAACAAGGGAGUCAUUGGGAAACAGUUCAAAAAGGAUGCCAAGAUAAUAAACGAAGCAAUUGCAGCCAUGGAUGCUGAUGCCCUUGCUGGUUUACAGAAGGAUUUGGAGUCAGCUAAGGAGUACGUACUGAAGAUUAACGGCAAUGAGUUCAAGCUGACCCCGGAGAUGGUCUCUGUGCAGACCGGAGAGAGAGUAGAACACGUGGAAGAGAUCGUCCCCAAUGUCAUCGAACCAUCGUUUGGUAUCGGCAGGAUCAUGUACGCCGUGUUCGAGCACAACUUCCAUGUCCGAGCUGACGAUGAACAGAGAACAUUCCUCACCAUUCCGCCAGUAGUAGCUCCUCUCAAGGUGGCAAUAUUCCCUCUCAGCGCCAACGAGAAAUUUGACCAGCUGGUAAAAUCGAUCUCGGUGUUGCUGACGAAGGAAGGCAUUGCGCACAAGGUGGACGACUCGAGUGGCUCCAUCGGACGGCGCUACGCACGAACAGACGAGAUCGGAGUUCCUUUCGGUAUCACUGUCGACUUCGACAGUCUGGCCGACUCAGUUCCUACAGUGACUGUUCGCAACCGUGACACGAUGACCCAAGUGCGCCUAAAUGUGACGGAGGUGGCUUCUGUUCUGAGGUCUUUGUCUGUCGGGGAAUGUGACUGGCAGGAGAUUGAGGCCAAGUAUCCCAGGUUCGAGCAGCAACAAACCACUCAAUCUGGAUAAAAGAUCUUAUAUUCACUUAAAAUAAUACAGUGCCGGUGCAGUAAUUUAUUCAAUAAAGCUUUUUUUAUUUUCCUGAUUCAA